GGGGGGAGUGCAGGGUUGAGCCCCUCCGAGUUGAGGGAGUUGUGGCAGAGAUCCUAAAAUGAACAAGCCGGGAGGUGGGAUGCCAGCGAGUAGUGGCAGAGAUGGAUCGCUUGCAAGUGGAGAAAGCUCGGGAUCCUUUCGGAGGAUUGAGGCUCUCUGAAUUUUCCAUUUCUUUACACAUGGUGGACUUUUUAACUUGUUUUCUUUAAAGAGGAUGCGGUGCGGGCAAUCAUUGUCUUCUAAAUGGUCAGUGGUUUAAGUUAGUGGUUUCGUUUAAGUGAAUAGAACUGCUGAUGCCUGAUAAAACACUUAUUAAUAAGUACGUGGCAGGAGGAAGUUAACAUUAGGAUUUUUAAAAGAGGCUUUUUGCGCUGGAGAAACCUAAUGCAAGGAGACAAUGGACGUGGAUGGCAUGGAAGUAUUUGCCAUUGCUGUUGUUGUUGCAAUGUUUGUAAUUGUGCUCAAACAAUUUGGGGUUUGGGAGCCCUUGUCACUUGAAGACAGCUGUGACGGCGAAUUUGAACUCUCGAUGGUGCGUCACCAACCGGAGGGCCUCGAUCAGCUCCAGGCCCAGACGCAGUUCACCAGGAAGGAGCUUCAGUCGCUUUACAGAGGCUUCAAAAAUGAAUGUCCCAGUGGACUAGUGGAUGAGGAAACUUUCAAGAUCAUUUACUCGCAGUUCUUCCCUCAAGGAGAUGCAACCACGUAUGCACAUUUCUUGUUCAACGCAUUUGACUUGGACAGAAAUGGCUCCAUCCGGUUUGAGGACUUUGUGAUAGGAUUAUCUGUGCUGCUUCGAGGCUCUGUUACCGAGAAACUUCGAUGGGCAUUCAACCUUUACGACAUCAAUAAAGACGGCUAUAUUACUAAAGAGGAAAUGAUGUCAAUAAUGACGUCCAUUUAUGACAUGAUGGGCAGGCAUACCUUACCCAGUGUACGAGACGACUCUCCCUAUGAGCACGUGGAGAAAUUCUUCCAGAAAAUGGAUCGAAACAGAGAUGGGGUGGUGACUAUUGAUGAAUUCAUAGAAACCUGCCAAAAGGAUGAAAAUAUAAUGGCUUCCAUGCAGCUCUUUGAAAACGUCAUCUAGUUCCUGCAGAGGGACGUGGAUCAGGAAGGCUGCAUAGUGCUCACACCUGCAAGCCCCUCGCCCCGAAAUACCUCCAUCCAACUUGAGAAAGAGAAGUGGUCGUGCAACUCAUUUUACAUUUUAAUACAACUUGGUGAACACUAUUGCUUCUCCUGUUGAACUGUUCCAUGCCGAGAAAUGUGAAGAAUUCACCGGAUCACUCAAAGAAGAAAUGAUUCUUUGCAUGACAAUUUUGUGUUUUUUGCACAUGAUCAAACCAGUUGAGCAUGACUGCUUGCCCGUCAUCUAAAAGCAUGUGAUGCAAACUACAUUGAACACAAACAAGGCUUUUAUUGUUAACAUUGUUGAAACUUGGGAGAAACAGAAUACUUUGUUACUGUAUUAUACGGUAAAGAAUGAAUGAGAUGUUUGUGUAGAUUCCUGUGAUUGUCCAGUGAAAUAAAUACAUACCUUCAAACAAAACAUGGUGAUAACUUCUCUUUUUACGCAACAACUCAGAAAGCUAGGAAUUUCCUGCAGAAAAAAAUUAAAUGAUGAAUGAACCCUAAAACUUACCCGAUGCAAACAUCAAAAGGGAUUUUAUGUCAUGUGACCGUGCAGCUGAAAUCUGGCCAUUACACAGAUGAAUAUGGGACUUGCCACAUGCGUGCAUUGAAUAUGUGUUAAGACUUUGUAUGAAGGAAACAAACCAACACUUGUCCAAAGUCUCCCUUCAAGCAGACCCUCCAGACCCAAAACAAUAAACAGAAAUAGC